AUGCCGACUCCAGACGAAUCUCGUCAGGAACGGUUUCUGAAUCCCUCAGCAGGGAUCCCUCCCAGAGAGCAGUCUCCCUUCCCUGACGUAUGGCACACGGACAUACCUCCCAUGCAGCCAUCAUCACUCUCCCCAGAUAUGGCUUCUACCCUAGAUCCCAACAGAUUAACCGUCCAGCAUGGUCCACUUCGCACAUCGCACUCGUUGGAUGGAGAGACGCUACGCCCACGGGCAGACUCCACCAUCUCAAGUGCAGAUACCGUCGUCAGAUCAAGGGCGAACUCAGAAGCCACCACGGCCGUUUCAACUAAUACAGCCUACGAUGACGUUUCGGUGGCUGACGCCCUGAAUCCGGAUCUCCGGAAUCAGCAGGAUUUUGAAGUAGAAAACAACAAGUUCGCCUUCUCUCCCGGUCAGCUUAAUAAGAUGCAGAAUCCCAAAUCUCUGGCUGCAUUUCAAGCCCUAGGAGGUCUACAAGGCUUGGAAAUAGGCCUUCGGACUGACCUCACGUCCGGUCUAUCUAUCGACGAGACCCUUCUAGACGGCUCGGUCAGCUUCAUCGAAGCAACGUCCUCUGAAAAUACACCUGCAAAACAACAGCCCGCCUCUACGAUCCAGACUACAGCGAUAGAAGUCGGGUCUCAGUUUCACGACCGAAUCCGCAUCUUCAGUCAGAACAGGCUGCCCACUCGGAAGUCAACCGGCUUUCUGAAACUCCUAUGGAUGGCCUACAAUGAUAAGAUCAUCAUCUUGCUGACUAUAGCCGCCAUUGUCUCUCUGUCACUGGGUAUCUACCAGACAACCAGCUCUGGGAAAGGGGUCGACUGGAUCGAAGGUGUCGCUAUUUGCGUGGCCAUCCUGAUUGUCACCCUCGUGACCGCCGCGAAUGACUGGCAAAAGGAAAGACAAUUUGCCAAAUUGAAUAAACGAAACAGCGAUCGAGAGGUCAAGGCUGUCCGCUCGGGCAAGGUAGCCAUGGUAUCGAUUUUCGACAUCACCGUUGGCGACAUUCUUCAUAUCGAGCCUGGCGACUCCAUCCCUACCGAUGGAAUCCUCAUCUCGGGCCAUGGAGUGAAAUGUGACGAAUCUUCCGCCACCGGGGAAUCAGAUCAGAUGAAGAAAACUGAUGGGCAUGAGGUUUGGCGCCAGAUCACCAAUGGCUCCGCCACGAAGAAACUCGAUCCCUUCAUGAUCUCGGGCAGUAAAGUACUCGAGGGGGUAGGGACAUAUUUGGUGACCAGUGUUGGUCCAUACUCGACAUAUGGCCGCAUUCUGCUAUCACUGCAAGAAUCCAACGACCCAACUCCGUUGCAGGUCAAGCUGGGAAGACUCGCCAAUUGGAUUGGAUGGCUUGGAUCUAGCGCCGCGAUUAUUCUCUUCUUUGCCUUGUUCUUCAGAUUCGUUGCCAACCUGUCGCAUGAUCCUGGCAGUCCUGCCGUUAAAGGAAAGGAGUUUGUCGACAUCCUUAUCGUUGCUGUAACAGUUAUCGUCGUUGCAAUCCCUGAGGGACUUCCGCUGGCCGUGACUCUCGCCCUCGCUUUUGCCACGACAAGAAUGGUAAAGGAAAACAACCUCGUCCGCGUCCUCCGUGCCUGCGAGACUAUGGGCAAUGCGACUGUGGUUUGCUCGGAUAAGACAGGAACCCUGACGCAGAACAAGAUGACCGUGGUUGCGGGAGCCUUGGGUCCUCGGAGCUUCGGUCCGAGCACCAAAGAGGAUGGCUCUGUGCGCAGCACGAUGACUGUGGCCGAGACGUUCCAACAAUGCUCGUCCAAAGCCAAGGACCUAGUUAUCAAGAGCGUCGCCCUGAACUCGACCGCCUUUGAGGAGGACAGAAAUGGAACUCGGGAGUUCAUCGGCAGCAAAACCGAGGUCGCCUUGCUACAGCUGGCUAGGGACUAUCUUGGGAUGGACGUUACCGCCGAGCGUGCGUCGGCGGAAAUAGUCCAGUUGAUCCCCUUCGAUUCGACUCGCAAGUGUAUGGGGGUGGUCUACCGGGAUGCCACGGCGGGAUAUCGGCUUCUUGUCAAGGGGGCGGCGGAGAUCAUGGUCAGCGCAUGCUCCACAAAGGUGUCUGGUAUCGACACCGCCCAGGGCGGCAUUGCCGUCGAUGGGCUCUCUGCGGAAGACCGCCGGCAGGCGCUGGAUACCAUUGAGUCCUAUGCCAGACAGUCUCUGCGGACCAUUGGCCUUGUAUACCGGGACUUCCCAAAACUUCCCAGCUGGCCGCCGAAGGAAAUCCAGCGCAUGAAAGAUGAUCCCGAUGCGGCCCAGUUCGAAGAUCUCUUCCGGGACAUGACUUGGCUAGGAGUGGUCGGCAUCCAGGACCCUCUCCGCCCCGAAGUGCCUGCCGCCAUCGACCAGUGUCGCUCUGCCGGGGUGCAGGUGAAGAUGGUCACUGGCGACAACAUGGCCACCGCGACGGCAAUCGCGUUGUCGUGCGGCAUCAAAACGGACGACGGCAUCGCCAUGGAGGGACCGACAUUCCGACAGCUGUCAGAUGAGGAGAUGGAUGACAUCCUCCCACGGCUCCAGGUCCUGGCUCGGUCCUCACCGGAGGACAAGCGCAUCCUGGUGGCGCGGCUCAAGAAGCUCGGGGAAACUGUGGCGGUCACCGGCGAUGGGACCAACGACGGCCCGGCGCUGCGGACGGCCGACGUGGGCUUCUCGAUGGGGCUGACGGGCACGGAGGUAGCCAAGGAGGCCAGCUCGAUCAUCCUUCUCGACGACAACUUCCGGUCGAUCGUCACGGCCAUCGCAUGGGGGCGGGCGGUCAACGAUGCGGUGGCCAAGUUCCUGCAGUUCCAGAUCACGGUCAACAUCACGGCGGUGGUACUGACGUUUGUGUCCUCGCUCUACAACCGCAACAAUCAGAGCGUGCUCAAUGCGGUGCAGCUGCUCUGGGUGAAUUUGAUCAUGGACACGUUUGCGGCGCUGGCGCUGGCGACGGACGCGCCAACGGAGAAGAUCCUGCGGCGCAAACCGGUGCCCAAGAGCGCGUCACUGUUCACGGUGGUGAUGUGGAAGAUGAUCCUGGGCCAGGCAGUGUACCAGCUGGCGAUAACCUUCAUGCUAUUCUUCGCCGGGAAGGGUCUUCUCGGGGCGCAUCUCAGCGCACACAACGGCGCGGUGGAGCUCCAGACGAUCGUGUUCAACACGUUCGUGUGGAUGCAGAUCUUCAACGAAUUCAACAACCGGCGACUGGACAACGGACUCAACAUCUUUGAGGGCAUGUUCCGGAACUACUGGUUCCUGGGGAUCAAUGCUAUUAUGGUGGGCGGACAGAUCAUGAUCGUCUACGUGGGGGGCGCGGCAUUCGGGGUGACGGCGCUGAACGGGGUCCAGUGGGGCGUGUGUAUCGCCUGCGCCGCAGGGUGUCUCCCAUGGGGAGUGGUACUGCGUUUGAUGCCAGAUGGUCCGAUUGCGGUGGUCCUCGAUGCUGUUGUGCGAGGGGGGGGGGUGGUGAUGCGUCUUGGAGGGAGAGUGGUGGACCGCGUGAAGCGAGUAAGAAAGGUGAAACAGACCGGUGAGGGCAAGGUGGACCAACAGGAGGCUGUGGACAUGACGGUGCCUCCAAUUACCAUUACGAGUGUAUGA